CAAUGAUUAGAUUCCCCCCCCCCGCCAUUGCAGGUUCUCUCCAGCUCUAGCAGAUGUUCCAAGUCUCUGCAGAAUAGCAUCUCGAAACGUGCUCUUUGCUGAAAAGAACAAUGUCAAUCACCCUCACUGCAUCAUCCCCUACUGUCACUGCAUCUGCCCGUUUUCCCCUGUUGAAUGGUUUCCUGUUUCACAGUGCUUUGGUCAGUUAACUGAUCCAUCUUGCAGCUCUCCUCUCAUCCUGAAAGCUGAAAGAACCUCAGACCUGCUGGACUAUUGCAAAUGCUGAGGCUGCUGUUCUCCUGCCUUCUGGGUCCCCUUAUUCCCUUACCAGCAGUCUCACUUCUGUUCCUGAACACUGACCAAAACUGUUUAUAUUUUAUUAACCUUGCUGUCAGUUAUUAUGCUAUAUUGGACCUUAGUAAUAGAAUAAGUCUUGAUCACUCGCCAAAUAACUAGCUACUUCUCGAGUUAGAGAAUAAGAACCAAUUCCUGAGGGUCAAAAGGCUUCUAAGACCAAGGCAGACUUUAAUUCUACUCUGAAGUUGUAGGUUUUGAGGUGACUAAAUAGCCUAGUGCUGGAUCUAUGCAGCCUGCUGCAGGUGCUGUUGGAAGUGGCUCAGAGCUCUGAAUGCUCGGGUGCUCUUUCUGGUGUUAGUGCUUGACCUCCACCUGGGCUUGUCAGAGAUGCUGUAAGUGGUCAAUAUCUUUGCAGGCUAUCAUUGAGAAAUGGAGUCAUGGUACUUGUAGGUAUCUCGUUCCUCUUCUAAAAUUACCAUUUGAUGUUAGUGAAUCUAUUGAACAUGAGUGACUGUUUGUUUGACUAGAGGGUGAGGUUACUUUAUGUGCCAACAGAGUAAGAACAUUUUCAGCUCUCUUACAUAACCACUACCUCCUUACCAAUUACAUUUCCCCAUUAGUCCAAGUGUGCUGAACCAUUUGCAGAAUUUUCAUUGCAUCCUACGAUGAUAUUCCAAGAUGCUGCACUCGGUGGUGUGUUUAACCUACAAGGUGUUAGUGAAGCUCAACUCUUUCAUAGAUGUUUGUGGUUUUUCAUUGGUCUUUCUGAACGUGCCUAACCUGCUGAUCUGUUUUCCCGAUCUGAUUUCAGUGUUUAACAAUGGUUCAUCUCAGGAGCUGAUGAGUCUCACUGGGACUAUCCCGGUCAGCUACAGAGGCAAUAUGUAUAACAUCCCUGUGUGCCUCUGGUUACUGGACAGUUAUCCUUACAACCCUCCUAUCUGCUUUGUAAAACCCACUAGCACCAUGAUGAUUAAAACAGGAAAGCACGUUGAUGCUAAUGGGAAGAUCUAUCUCCCAUACCUGCAUGAGUGGAAACAUCCACAUUCUGACCUGUAUGGGCUGAUUCAGGUGAUGAUAGUCAUGUUUGGGGAGGAGCCUCCAGUCUUUUCAAGACCAGCUGCAACUCCACAGUAUCCACAAUACCAAGCCACAGGACCUCCAACCACUUCCUAUAUGCCUGGAAUGCCAGCUGGAGUUACACCAUAUCCAUCUGGCCACACCAAUGCUGGUGGUUUUCCUGGAUAUCCAUAUCCGCAUUCAACCUCAUAUCCUCCAACCACAGGCACGGCACAACAUACUGCAUAUCCCAGCCAGUCACCUGCUGCAGCUGUUGGUCCUGCCAGAGAUGGCACCAUCACUGAAGAUAUGAUUCGUGCAUCAUUGAUCUCUGCAGUUAGUGAUAAACUGCGCUGGAGGAUGAAAGAAGAAAUGGACCGUGCUCAGGCUGAACUUGAUGCCCUUAAACGAACAGAAGAAGACUUGAAAAAAGGCCAUCAAAAGUUGGAGAUGAUGGUCAGUAACUUGGACCAAGAAAUGGCUGAUGUAGAGAAGAAUAUUGAAGUACUAAGGAAAAAAGAUGAUGAGCUGAGCAUUGCGCUGGAGAAAAUGGAAAGCCAGUCUGAAAACAACGAUAUUGAUGAGGUGGUUGUACCAACAGCUCCCCUCUAUAAACAGAUCCUUAAUCUUUAUGCAGAGGAGAAUGCCAUUGAGGACACCAUUUUCUACUUGGGUGAAGCACUGAGACGUGAUGUCAUUGAUCUGGAGGUCUUCUUGAAGCACGUAAGGCUGUUGUCUCGUAAACAGUUCCAGCUUCGAGCAUUGAUGCAGAAAGCAAGGAAAACAGCUGGCCUAAGUGACUUGUACUAAGCUAUUCUUUUUGACUCAAGUCAUGUCUAUAACUAACCAGUUUCAUAGAAAAAAAUAAGUUAUUGUGUAUUCAACUGUAAAUUAUUUACUUUCUGAUUUUUUGUCAAGGGUCUUUGUAUUUACCUGUAAUCUUGAGGACAAGCAAUUUAGAAAUUGGAAUAAAGCUUCUUUAAAUACCAA